AGCAGUUCUGUGAGCUGGCCUGCAGUGACCCCUUCUCCCAAGGAGCCUAGCACGGUGCGUCCCCAGAGCGGGAGAACAUAGAGAAGGCUGAGGGGGGAUGCGUGGGUGUCACCCUCCACUCUGCACAAACCAGAGUCCAAGCUCUGACCUGACAGUCUGUCCCUGCUGCCGCAGCCCUGCUUGGCGUCUGGCCCAGGGAAGGGCAGACAGGCAGAGGCCUUCGCCUCCCUCGGUGCUGUGCCCAAAGCUCAGGUUUCAGCCUUCUAAAUAUAAGGUGUGCUCAGGGGUCCCAAAGCAAGCCCACAUUCACUGCAGAGUGCUCCUGGCCUGCCUGCUGUCCCUGCUGGGUCACGUCCACCCUUCAAGUGUGUGCUUUCUCAGGAAACCUUAGAACAUGUUUAUUUUAAAAGAACAGAUUGGAGAAAACAAAAAGUGUUUCUAGAUUGCUGUUCAUAGUCGGGCGCUUGUUCACAGGGAAAUCCAUGGCAUCAGUACCUUCCAUUGGUUGCCUGCUAGCCAAAAAUCAGUAUUAUCGAAAGACCAGUAUAUCUUCAGUUAGCUCUUUAACAGAUUCUGUUAAUGUCAUACCUGAUGACAAAUCCCAACAAGGGUUACUAAAUGUGGCAGAAUCUAGCUGGUGGUUUAAAUCCUUUUUCCAUUCUGAACCUGUGCCUUCAGAUAUAAGAAGAAAAGAUCUGUCUGCUAGUGGGUAUGUUUUAGUUUUUCUCUGAUAAAGAUAUUUAAAAAAAAAAGAUAUUUCCUUACCAGAAUGAAACAAUAUAGGUAGCAAUUACUAUGUUAACCAUUAGGGAUAAAAAAUAGUUAUUUCUUGAUGGUGAUGAAGGCUUUAAUAUAAAGCAUACUUAAGGGAUUGAGAUGGAGAAGAUAUUUGCUCACCUGUUUUGUUAACCAUCAGUCAAUUUGUGAACACUUUUUCUAAUUCUGCCACUGAAGAGAAACUGAAAAGUCACAUGACAAUUUUUGUCAUUGUUUAGUGAUAAAACAGACUGAGAGUCAGAGGCAAGGUUCUAAAUUUGUUUUUAUGGUACUUUCAGGAAACAAAAAUAUCUACUCUAAUAAAAGGAAACAUGAAAUAGUUGGCUCCAGAACAGGGAAGGAAAAGAAAAAAAAAAGAACUUGGACAAUCUUAUGGUGUGAAAGAGAAAGAAAGAAAGAAAUGCUCAAAAAGUGAGGAGAUAUGUCAAAAUGACAUACGACCCAGUUGGCCAAAUCUGGGACAAUUUCAGCAACAAAAUAAUGAUAGUAACAGAUAAUUGCCCAUUGGAGCAAAUAAAAUCUGUUAAUCAUUAUUGAUAUAAAUAAGUAAAUGAACAAACAAAUGAGAGAGAAGGGAAAGCUCUUUAUUGUAGUACUCUAAUUAAUAAAUGUAGAAGGAAUUAAUAAAUGUAGAUGGAAAAAGAGAAUUACUACUUGACAUAUAUUACAGUAAUGAUUGUUUCAGGCAAGGAUUAUCAUUGGGUGCUAAAAUAAAUGGGGACAAGUAUGAGAAAUGAGUUCUUCUCAGAGUGUCUCCCCCCAAAUACUUAUUCAUUACAAGGGAAAAUAGUGAUUUUCCAAUGGACAAAACUAUCAGAUACCACCUUAACAAAAACAAACAGAAAACAAUUAUUUAGUCCCUGUCCUGGACAACUUAUUUCAGUUCCACUGCUGACUUUGACUGGCUUCUGUAUGGUGCCAAAUACUACACAGAAGAUUGAACUGGUGGGUUUGCAUACAAGUGUUUCUACAUAUUUUGAAUCCUAACACACUGAAUAGUACAGUUGUUAUUCUAAUGGUUUCUAAAAUACUUAUUUUAGUUUUUUAGACACUACUAAUGACCAAAUGUAAUACAAAGAGUAAAUAAUAAUGGAUUUCAUAGAUCCUAAUAAAACAUAAGGGCUUUUAUGAAUUUUUUACAUAUAAUAAAUUUGAAAUAGAAUUAAUAAAUAUUGAUAUUUUCAAAAAUCAAAGAGAAAAAAUCAAAGUGGAGUUAAUUGUUGAAAACAUGUAUCCUAUAUGCUAUCAAGUAUAUUAAUUUGAAUUAUCUAGGUAACUGUUUCACUCAUUUUUCCACUUUACUCUGACUAUAAAGACAACUUACCUUAUAGCUAAGUAUUUCUCCGCUAUCUGUGUAUGGAAAUUCAAUGAAUAUUGUUGUAAUGACUAUUUUAUACAGUGUUAAUAGCUGACUCUGAUAAUCAAGAGGAUUCCACCUGCCGAGGUGCUAUAUUUGUGAACCACACCUUUCAGUACUAAGCUAUUCCAGAUGACUUUUCUUCAUUAUAAGAAGACAGAAACCUGCUGGAGAUCCUAUUUAUGAGAUAGUAUCUCUGCAGCCACCCAUACAGCAAAAGAUUAGGCAUUUUCCUCAUUAUACAGACUAUUGCUGUGAGUGGUAUCAGCAACGUGGAGAAUAUUGGAAAAGUAUGCCUUUGAAAACAUGUACCUUUUUAAAGUAAUAAGUCUUCAAAUGUAAUGAUUUGUAUGAAGUAGCUUUUUCCCUAUCCACAUUAUUUUUCAAAAACUUUUCAAAAGUCUUUAUAUUUUCAAAAAAAUUUAGGCUCUCUAAAUGUCUGUUGAAUAAUUUAUUAUGCCUUAGAAAGGAAAAAUUGAUGCCUAACAAUGGUUUAAAGGGAAUUGAAUUCAGAAAUGUAGACAACAGUGGCAAAAAUUGUAUUUUUAAUCAUGAACAUUGGAAAUAUAAAACACCCCCAUAAACAUAUUGCUUGUUAAAAAUAUAUUGCUGUACGUGCAAUUAAUUUGUUAUUGUGUACACUUUACAAUGCAUGAUUUUAAAUAAUAUUUAACAAUGUGGAAUGAUCUAUAUAUGGUGUGAUUUUAGUUGUGUUAUAUAUAUAUGUUUAUAAUAAUAGAUUGAGAAGAAAUAUUUCAAAAUGGCAACAGUAACUAUUUCUGGAGAUGGAAUUAUAGGUGAUUUUAAUUUUCUUCUUUAUAUUUUUUCUGUAUCUUUUCAAAUUUUCUAAUAUGAUGUUUUUGUGUAUAAUUAGAGAAUAAUAAACAUUAUGACAAAAA